UUUCUUACGCCGAGUUGCAGUUAUUACGGGGUUCUACGAUUGACUCUAUUUUCUUCUCAGAUGAUUUUCUCACUCGUCUUCUCAUCAUCCUGCGAUCCUUUGUAAUUUAUCGAGUGUUUCAUCACCAAUUGGUCUCUACAAACGUAUGUAAGAUAAAAAUCCAAACCCUAGAUUAUAUAUAAUGGAUGAAGAAUGCAAAACGACCGCUUUUGUGGACGUAGAGGAAGGUGAGAUCUCGGAUUCAGCUUCGGUUGAAGAGAUCUCUAAGGAGGCUUUCAAUAAGCAGGGAGACCCUUCGCCUCCCAUUUCUUCUGCUUCUAGUACUGCCGCUACAGCUGGGAAGGCGAAUUCGAAUGGCAAUGUUGCGAGUGACCCGAAACCUGCUCGUGUUUGGACAAUGAAAGACCUGUAUAAUAACUAUCCGAUCUCGAGGGAUUACGCUAGGGGUUUAUAUAAUUUAGCUUGGGCUCAGGCUGUUCAAAAUAAGCCUUUAGACGAGCUAUUCGUGAUGAAGAAAUCUGGGGCAGAUGCUUCGGAUAAGGGGAGCGGUGAGGAGAGUAAGAACGAUGCGAUUGUGAUUGAUGUAGAAGAUGGUGUUAAGGAAGACGAGGAGUUGGAGGAGGGUGAGAUCGAUUUGGAUUCGGAGGCUUUUGAAAACGGGGAUUUGAAGGAGGUUACUUCGGUGGCAAUGGUAGUGGGUGAUGCCGAGGAGAAGGUUAAUUUGAUUAAGGAAGAACUACGUAGUCUUACUGUAGAAGAAGCAUGGAAACCAUUCAAUGAAGCCUGCUCCAAAUUGCAAAGAUUGUUGGAUAGUUUGCACGAAAUUGUUUCUGAGAAUUCAUUGUCAGAGAAUGAAGCUUUGGCUGAAUUAUUUUUUACUGCUAUUCGAACUGCUAUAGCUGUGCUGUACUCUAUGAAACAGGUGGAGAAAGAGAAACAUAAAGACCCCUUAUCCAGAGUCCUUGUUGGUGCAAGUAGGAAAAUGACUCAACUUUUCUCCAAACAGCAGUUGCAUGAGGUGGGCAAGCUGUUGCAUUCUUUAGAUCUUUCAUCUAUUUCUUCGAAGAUUGAAGAUGGUGAUAAGGUCUCGGAGAUGAAAGUGGUUCAAGUGGUUAAUGAGAAUGAAUCAGACACAUCAUCUGUUACAGAUAUGUUUCAAGAUUCAGCAUUAAUGAACAGAAUGGAUUUGGAAUCAAUGACAGCAAAUGGUAUCAUUCAUAAUGAAUCUAAGAUGUCUAUUGAAUCUUCGAGACAGGCCUCUAAACUUAGAGGGUUAUCGCUUCCUUUGCUAGACCUUCAUAAGGAUCACGAUGCAGAUAGUCUUCCAUCUCCUACAAGAGAAACUCAGUCUCUCCUUCCUAGUGAUAAGGCAUUAUCAGGGGAACGUGGAGUAAUGAAACCUGAGUUCCCCUUUCCAAGAGGAGCUCUUCAGAUGAGUAAUUCUGUAAUGCAUCCAUACGAAACCGAUGCCCUUAAAGCUGUUUCCUCCUAUCAACAAAAAUUUGGCCGUAGUACGUUUUUCACGACUGACAGACUUCCAAGUCCAACCCCAUCUGAAGAUCAUGAUAAUGGGGACACUGACAUUGGUGAAGAAAUUUCCAGUUCUAUUCCCAAAAACUGCAAUAGUUUAAACACGUUGGGUCCUAAACAGCUUGUUGUUUCUUCUGUUCCCCAUGUGUCCAUUAGUACUGCUGGCUCCCUAAGUUCAGCAGCAACUCCUGUAUCAAGGAGUUCUCCAAAAAUCAAAGAUCCAAGACUUCGGGUCUUAAAUAACCCCCCAUCCCAAAGUUUCAACCUUGGAGUUGUUCCAGCUAUGUCAAAUAAUGAAAAUAUAAUUGUAGGUUUUGGGGAAAUGGUGGGAUCAAGAAAGCAGAGGACAGUCGAUGAACCUAUUCUUGGUGGUCCAGCAAUAAAAAGGCAUAAAAGUGAGCAGACAGACUCUGUUAUCAUCUCUAGUACUCCAUCUUAUACUGGGGGAGGUGGUUGGUCAGGAGUUAGAGGGGAUGGGUUUCCAGUUACUAAUAAUAACCUUCUCUUAAAGUCCAUGAAGGAUGUUAGUAAUUUGGAACAAGUAACAACUGCUGUCACAGCUCCUCCCACUGCACUGAAUGCCACAGUAAAUGCUAUUGAGAAUAUACCCGCAACAACCGCAAGUAUCACAUCAACUACAAGUAUUGCAGCUACCUUGAGUGCUAUUGAGAAUAUACCUGCAACAACCACAAGUAUUGCAGCUACCUUGCAAUCUCUUUUAAAUGACAUUGCAGUAAAUCCAUCCACAUGGAUGGAUAGAUUUAAAAUGGGACAGCAGAGGUCUAUGGAGCCUUCCAAAAUCACAGCACAAUCCGUGAGCUCUUCUAAUAGUAGUUUGAGAGGCAUUCCGCCAAUGAAUGUGGCCCUUCCCCAAUCUUCCCCGACUGACCCCAGGCGGGGAGGAAUUCGUCAGGCUUCUCCGCAGAUAGCUACUCCAAAGGACGAUCUCGGGAAAAUCCGCAUGAAACCCCGUGACCCUCGGCGCAUCCUUCAUAACCCCUCAAUUCAAAAGGAUGAGAAAGCGGCUUUGGACCAAACUGGUGGUUUAAUUGCCAAAGUCCAGGUUGAACAGUUGGAUAAGAAGCCUGCAUUGGUCAAUUCCUCUGCUGCACCCGAUAUAUCUCACUUAUUUACUAAGAACUUGAAAAAUAUUGCCGACAUGAUCUCUGUUUCUCAACCACUUGUCUUCUCACCUCUAGCUUCUCAAAGUCCUCCAUCACAACAUACUCCUGUUUCUCAAGGUAAGUUGGAAGUGAAGGCAGUAGUUUCGGAUUCAAGCCAACUCCCAUCAUCUGAAGUGGCUUCUGUAAUCCACUCUCGACCUCAGAGCAGUUGGGGAGAUGUCGAGCAUCUCUUUGAAGGUUUUGAUGACCAGCAGAAAGCUGCUAUCCAGAGAGAAAGGGCAAGAAGGAUAGAAGAACAAAAGAAAAUGUUUUCAGCAAAAAAGCUUUCCCUUGUCUUGGAUCUGGAUCAUACUUUACUGAAUUCAGCUAAGUUUGUUGAAGUAGAUCCAGUACACGAUGAAAUUUUGAGGAAAAAAGAAGAACAGGAGCGUGAAAAGCCUAAGAGGCAUCUAUUCAGAUUUCCUCAUAUGGCAAUGUGGACUAAGUUACGACCAGGGAUCUGGAACUUUUUGGAGAAGGCUAGCAAGCUUUUUGAGCUACACCUCUACACAAUGGGAAACAAACUUUAUGCGACCGAGAUGGCAAAACUACUUGAUCCAAAAGGUGAUAUGUUUUCUGGAAGAGUUGUAUCCAGAGGCGAUGAUGCAGAUCUCAUUGAUGGUGAUGAAAGGGUGGUUCCUAAGAGCAAAGACCUGGAGGGUGUUUUGGGGAUGGAAUCAUCUGUUGUGAUUAUUGAUGAUUCUGUGAGAGUUUGGCCUCAUAACAAACUAAAUCUUAUUGUUGUGGAAAGGUAUAUUUACUUCCCUUGCAGUAGGCGCCAGUUUGGCCUACCAGGCCCCUCUCUUCUUGAGAUUGAUCAUGAUGAGAGACCUGAAGCUGGGACUUUGGCAUCUUCUUUGGCGGUCAUUGAAAAAAUCCAUCAGAUGUUUUUUGAGCAUCCAUCCUUGGAUGAAGCUGAUGUCAGGAACAUCUUAGCCACAGAACAAAGACGGAUACUUUCUGGGUGCCGGAUUGUCUUCAGUAGGGUUUUUCCCGUUGGAGAAGCUAAUCCACACUUGCAUCCGUUGUGGCAAACCGCCGAACAGUUUGGUGCUGUGUGUACAAACCAGAUUGAUGAGAAGGUGACCCAUGUAGUUGCCAAUUCUCUUGGCACUGAUAAGGUCAACUGGGCUCUUGCUACUGGAAGAUUUGUCGUUCAUCCUGGCUGGGUGGAGGCAUCAGCUUUGCUCUAUCGGAGAGCAAAUGAACACGACUUUGCAAUUAAAUCAUAAACGAACAAAAAAUUCCUCACACCUGAUAAAAAAUUCUGACGCGUAAAAUCCCACAAGUGUGAGAUAUGAGUUGGGGAAAACCAGUCAAGUCAGUCUGCCCAAAACUGAAUGAACCAUCCAACCCUAUCCGACCCUUGUUCCUCUUCCUAUCCUUUUUCACCGAAUGAAAGAAUCGUAAACAAGAGAAAAAGUCGGCUUAGGGGUAUAGAAGUCCUGCUAUCCCCCUAGUGUAUAAUAGGAUUGGUUCUAGACAGAAUUAAGAUGGGAAAUGCAGCUGGUUGACCUGCGAAGGGUGUCAGACCUGAACUUUAUAGAAGCAUACUUGCCAUCAUGCCAUGGCUGAUGUCUUUGGUCAUAAUUUUAAAAAGGAAAUAGAUCCCAUUUUUAGUGGUGUGGAGAUAGAGGGAAUCAUUCUUACACAAGAGUCAAGAUGUCACUACUGAGUGAAGGGUGGCAGUGACUGGAUAAUUGUUUACUGCAUAAAUUGGGGACUGUUGAGGAGCCAGCCAAGCCAUGCUCCAUAAUAGUCCCAGGUCAAAUGGGCUGAGCAAAUACAAACACAAAGAAGAAUACGCCUGAUUCAAUUUUUAAUUAAAAAAUCUCAUCUCUUUUGCUUUUUUUCAUACAAAUUUUUUGCAUGACGCCAAUUAAUGUGAAAUAGCUAUAAUGGUUGUUUUUUAAAAACCCGACUAAUAUCCGAAGAUUAGCAGUGAGAAUAUUAGGUUCUUUAAAGUGAUUGAUUGAUGGGGGCUGAGUCUCCUUAAUUCCAAACUUUGCUUUGUCAAAUUGGUCUUUGUCUACUGGACUACUGCUGUGCAAAUUGGGAGAGCCUAUAUGCGAUUUUAGCCUCGAAGUAUCAGAAGAAAAACGUAGAAAGUCGAAUAGGUUCUAUGGUCCGCUUCAAGCAAUACAAAUUACUUCGUUUAAAAAAGUACUAGUAUUUCUUUAACAAAAUAAAGAUAAUAAUUUUGCCUUUGUCCCAAAUUAUUUGUUACAUAUUGUUCUUUACACAAGGCAAUUUUCUUAAUCAGUAUGCUAAUUAAGUCAUAAUAAGAGAUAGGCAUGGACCAGGGCCGGUUCGGGCCUGGGCCUGGUUCGGGCCUGGGCCCGGCCAGGCCUCGAUCGGUUCAGGAAAGGGGAGGCCCGGAACCGGCCCGGGUAAACCCCGGGUCCGGGCCGGGCCUCGGUUCAAUUUUUUUUUUUUUUUUGCCUUUUCCUAAUUAACCCCUAACCACCCCCCUCACCCCCAAACCAUCUCAAAUGAUCAAAAAUAUUCAGCCCAACCCAAAAACUUAAAAAAAAAUUCAAAAAAAAAAAAGAAAAAUAAAUAAAAUGGCCCGGACUGGGCCCGAACCGGCCGGGCCGAUUCACGUAUUGAGGGACCCGAGCCCGCACCGGAACCCCAACAGGUCAGGCCUACCCGAACCGGUCACUGACCGGGCCACCGGGCCGGGCCGGAACAGUGCUGGUUCAAGCCGGUUCCGGGUCGGGCCAUCCGGCCCGAGUCCAACCCUAAUAAGAGAUGAUCAUGAGACACAGAGUGAUAGAAAUACUUGGAGCUCUUCAAUUAUACGUAUUCAACUUGAACAAUAUUUGAAAAUGUUCCUUAAAUUUAAAAAUGCUUUCUAUGAUUUGGGCACAAAUGUCAUUAUAGGCUUCCUUGCGUUGGACCACUAAGGCUUUGGAAUCAUAUGUUAAUAUGGGCUUCCUUGCAUUGGAUUACUUGGGCUUUGAACACAAAUUACACUACAAAAAAACACGGUAGUAGUCACGGACUUAGUCACGGACAGCAGUUCAAUUUUUCCGUGACUAAAUGAUGUAGUCACGGUCGCUGGCCGUGACUAAAUCCGUGACUUAAUGGGCGUGACUAAAUUGAAGUCACGUCCAACGAACCGUGACUAAAUUUAGUCACGGACUAGUCACGGUCAGAAGCCGUGACUAUAAUACCCGCCGGAACCCCACUCCGGCGUAUUAGUCACGGUCAGAAACCGUGACUAAGUUUUUUUUAAAAAUUAAUUUUAGUAGUCACGGCUUUGGACCGUGACUAAUAUUUCAAAUUUUCAAAAUUUGAGUAAAAAACCGCCCGCGGCGGUAAUUUAAAAUUUUGAAAUUAGUCACGGUUGUCGACCGUGACUAAUUAUUUUUUUAUUUAAAAAAAUAAUAAUUUCG